AUGAGACUCUCCUCUUCUCUUACCUUGUUCUCGCUCGGACAACUCGCCACUCUGGUCCUUGGUCAAGGAUCGGACUGUGCUCCAGGCGGAACAUUUGACCUUUCCAACUGGAAGCUACAGCUCCCAACUGGAGAAGAGGGCCAUCCCGACUCGAUAUCUUCUUCAAAGCUCCAGGGCUGCGGUGGCUACAAAUCAGACGUCUUUUACACGGGCGACGAUGGAGCCCUGGUGAUGAAAGUCCCCGGGUCGCCAUCAACUUCCGACUGCGUCACUACUCCAAACAGUAACCAUUGCCGCACGGAGCUUCGUGAAGAUUCUCCGUCAAAGUGGAGUCCGUCCAGCGGCACAAACAGACUGUUUGGUGACCUUGUGGUGACGCAAAUCGACGAUGACAGAGUCGUUGUUGGUCAGAUUCAUAUCGACGGUGCUAUUUCGACGAAGCCAGUGUGCGAAUUGUACUACAGCAGUGCUGGGGAAUUAAAGAUGGGGGUCAACAAGUGCAUCACUUGCAGUCAGGCUAGUACCCCUGUGGGCAAUGUUCCUGUGGGUGAGCGGUUCACGUACGAGAUUCGAUAUGAGAACGACGUCUUGUCUGUGAGCAUUAACGGUGGGGGGUUUAAGACGCUGGAUACGUAUGACUUGAAUAGCCCGGAUAGUUAUUUUAAGGCGGGGAAUUAUAACCAGGGUGAGGGGCCGACUGAGGUUCACUUCUAUAGCAUCAAGGUGUCGCAUUAG